AUGAAGUUAACAGUUGCUAAUUUAGCUAGCACAAGUUAUAAGGUGGUGGUAAUUGGUGGUGGUACAGGUGGUUGCUCAUUAUCUCAUUGGUGUCAUAAAUUGGUGCCCAAAGGACAAAUAGUCGUCAUUGAUCCAGCUAAUGAACAUCACUUCCAGCCAGGCUAUACAUUUGUCGGAGGUGGUCUAUGCAAAUUGCAACAAUGUGUUAAGCCAAUGAAGGAAGUUUUACAUCCCGGUAAUAUCUGGAUUAAGCAAGCAGCGAGGAAAAUCAGCCCUACGGAAAAUUCGGUGAUACUAAGUGAUGGAACAAAAAUAAACUAUGAAUUGCUAAUUGUUGCAGCAGGGCUUGAAGUUCGAUUUGACUUGAUUCAAAAUUUACCACAAGCUUUAUCGGAUCCAAACGUAUGCAGCAUUUAUCGUGCUGAUUUAGCACAAAAAACGCAAAAAUGUUUAUAUGAAUUUAACAAAGGGAGAGCUAUAUUUACUUUACCAAAUGCGCCAAUUAAAUGUUCCGGUGCAGCCCAAAAGAUAUGCUAUUUGGCGGAUGAGAUAUUCCGGAAGAGGGGUAUUCGUGAACAAAUACAUCUAACAUUCAAUACAUUUUCAUCCGACAUAUUCGAUGUGCCAAAAUAUGCCAGAGCGUUAAAUGAAAUUGUAAAAAAGAAAUCGAUCGAAUUGAAGUUGUUGAGAAAUUUAAAAUCAAUUGAUAUCUUAAAACGAGAAGCUACAUUUGAACUGAUGGGAGAGGAUAAUAACCCAACAGGAGAAUUAGAAAUUCAAAAGUUCGAUUUCAUACAUGUAGCACCGCCUUGUUCAGCACCAGAAGUUUUACGGAAUUCACCUGAAAUAACCAAUGCUAAUAGUUUCUUGGACAUCAAUCAAAAAUCAUUACAACACACAAAAUUUGCGAAUAUUUUUGGCAUUGGAGAUUGUCUUGGAUCACCAAAUAAGAAGACUGCUGCUGCAUUAUAUAGUCAAAUGAGAACUUUAAGUAAAAAUAUUCCAAGAUUUUUGGAAAAGAAACCAUUAUUGGAAACGUAUAAUUGCUAUUCAUCGUGUCCAUUGAUUGUCAGCUUUCGGCAUGUGGUACUUGCGGAAUUUACUUUAGAAGGACCGCAUGAAACUUUGCCUAUAAAUCAAGCAAAACCCCGUUAUAUUUCAUUUCUGCUUACAAGGUACAUAUUACCGUUCAUUUAUUGGAAACUAGGCGUGAAAGGACACUGGCUAGGGCCAGCUACCAUACGCAAAAUUCUUCAUUUUGGAGUGAGCAAGGAGUAA